AGCUACCACUACCAACGGUAUGUCAGUCAGCCAAUUGUGGUAGUUGGAAAAAUGACCAAUAGCAUUGAUGAGACACAAUGUUGGAGGGUACAAACAUAGAGCAUCCUCCGAUAAGAGGUGUUCGCCGAGACGUGUUUCCAAGUUUACACUGUCGAGGAGCCAAUACUAACGAUGUUAGAGUAUGUUUUCAUUUACCACUUAAUUUGAUGAUAUUUUCACACCAUAUCCCGGUGACUCCUGAGCCAUGGAUAAACAUGCAUCACCAUCUGAACAUUAAGUUUGAUUUCUUUUAUGAAAAAUACUAACAUCUUAGAACCGUACCAUUUGAUUAUGUGUGUGGAAGUGCGAUGCUAUGACAGUGUAUUAGUUUAUGAUUUAUGCUAAAUAUAUGAGUAACGGUUAGUGUAAUGUAAAGGCCUUCGAGAAGAAGCGUCUAAGUAGUCUCUUCUGAAUUUAAUCUCUGGGUUCAAUGCUGUGAGUGGUCAUCUCCAUAAAUAUACAAU